AUGGCGUCCGAAAAUCCAGCAGCUGGUACCCCUCUUGCAGAGAGAGCUUCGUUUGCAGAGCCCAAGGGGAAGGAAGUUGACACGAAACCAGAAGAGUCUUCAGGAGGCGUUGAAGAUGCCCAAACAGAUGGUGCUGCCUACCGGACUGGAGCCUCGAUGCUUCGUGACUCUGAAUACACCGUCAACGUCCAGCUGAGUGAUCUCCAGGCGGACCCAAACAACCCUCUAUACUCCAUCAAGAGCUUCGAAGAACUCGGCCUCGAUGAGGCUGUUCUGAGAGGCCUGCGUCAGAUGCGCUUCAGUCGGCCAUCCAAGAUCCAAGAACGCGCCCUUCCACUUCUUAUGUCGAACCCUCCACAGAACAUGAUCGGCCAGUCUCAGUCUGGAACUGGAAAGACGGCUGCUUUCGUUCUCAAUGUGCUCAGCCGUCUCGAAGUUACUCCCGAAAUGAUCAAUGUCCCACAAGCUCUCAUUCUCGCGCCUAGCCGUGAGCUUGCCCGCCAGAUCGUUGGUGUCGUGCAGGUCAUGGGCUCUUUCAUCGAAGGACUGAAGAUUGCCACCCUUGUGCCUAUGGAGACGAACAGAAACCAACCUGUUGAGGCUUCCUUGGUUGUUGGCACCCCUGGAACCGUGCAAGAUUUCAUUCGAAAGAGACUGUUUAACACACAGCAUGUCAAGGUUCUGGUGCUAGAUGAAGCUGAUAACAUGUUGGAUCAGCAAGGUCUCGGCGAUCAGUGCAUUCGUAUGAAAUCGUCCCUACCGAAAACCACACAGAUAGUGUUGUUCUCGGCUACUUUCCCAGACUCUGUCGUCCGAUAUGCACACAAGUUUGCACCCAAUGCCAAUCAGCUUACUCUCAAGCACGAAGAACUCACCGUAGAGGGAAUUAAGCAGUUGUAUCUCGACUGUGACUCCACGGAACAUAAGUAUGAAAUCCUCGUCAAGUUCUACGGCCUCCUAACAAUCGGAUCAUCUAUCAUCUUCGUCAAGACACGUGCCUCGGCGGUUGAAAUUGAACGUCGCAUGGUAGAAGAGGGUCACACAGUUGUUUCUCUUACUGGCGGUGUAGAGGGUCAGAAGCGUGAUGAAGUUAUCGACAGUUUCCGUAAGGGUACUGCCAAGGUGCUCAUUACCACCAACGUCCUUGCUCGGGGAAUAGAUGUACAGACUGUCUCCAUGGUCAUCAAUUACGAUAUACCCGAGCUGCAUGCUCCUGGUGCUGGAGAACGUAUCGCCGACCCCCAGACUUAUCUUCACCGCAUUGGUCGCACAGGACGAUUCGGGCGUGUCGGCGUAGCAGUCUCCUUUGUGUCCAACAAGGAGGAGUGGACCAUGCUCAUGGAUAUUCAGAAGUAUUUCGGAACAGAUAUCAUGAGAGUCGACAGCAGAGACUGGGAUGAGGUCGAGGACGUCGUUAAGAAAGUUAUCAAGCCAUCAGCCAGAUGA